AUGGACAUUCGGACUCAUGUUACGUGUCCACUAAGGGGCCCCUUUUCCCCAGAACAUGAGGCAGCUCAAAUUCCAAUCAAGGAUGAUCAAGCAGCCAAUGAGGCUGCACUUGAUCUAGUGAAGAAAGACAAGUCAAGAGAAGUGAGAGCAGGGCAUGAUGGGACAUGGGCAGCUCACCCCGGACUGAUUCCAGCUUGUUUGGAGGUCUUCAACAACACCAUGGGCAAUGCACCCAACCAAAUCAAGACCGCCAAGCGAGAAGAGGCUGCGAAUCUAACCGAAGAAGACCUCUUGCAAAGGCCGAGAGGGGUUAGAACCAUGGAAGGUUUGAGGCUGAACACAAGAGUUGGGAUCCAAUACUUAGCAGCAUGGCUAACCGGGUCUGGCUCGGUGCCUCUUUACAACCUCAUGGAAGAUGCUGCAACCGCCGAGAUCAGCAGAGUUCAGAAUUGGCAAUGGCUCAAGUAUGGUGUGGAGCUGAAUGGAGAUGGGCUUGGUGUGAGGGUGAACAAGGAGCUGUUUGGGAGAGUGGUGGAGGAAGAGAUGGCUAGGGUUGAAAGAGAGGUUGGGAAAGAGAAGUUCAAGAAAGGAAUGUAUAAAGAGGCUGCUAAGAUCUUCACUAGGCAAUGCACAGCCUCAACACUUGAUGAUUUUCUCACUCUUGAUGCCUACAACAACAUUGUCGUUCACCACCCUAAGUUGACACCAUCUAGGCUUUAA